GUUCACGUGGCAGGCAGAGAAGAAGGGCAAUUUGCCAUCUCCCAUGUCGGUACUCUCGAUUUCUCGAAGUUCCAAAAACGUCGAUUACCCGCCAUGCAAUCAAUCAUCCAUCACGAUAAAAGUGCAACAAACAAAUGCCCAAAAAUAGGGAAAAUGUCCUUUUCUUCCUCUUUACAAAAAUCUGGAAUUUUUGUUAUAGAAACUUCCUUUUCCACUGCUUCACUCAGCAAAUUCAAAUUCCAUGGAGUCAGUUACCAAAAUGCUGCAAUCAGCUUAUCUUCCAUCACCAUCCGCUGUUUCUCUCUCCUCCGCCACACCUUUCCCUCCAUCCGCUAAACAUAUUGGAUUUCAAUUGAGUACAGGAUCGGGCAACUUACAGCAGCACAUGACCACGACAAGGAGGUGCACAACUCAGGUUUCUAUGAGCGCCACAAGUCAUGGUACCCAAGAGCGCGUGCUUGAGGAGGAAGCUUCGAGCAUGUUGGAGACGACAAGCAAAUCAUUCAAAACCCUGCCAGGCCAGGCGUAUCCUUUGGGAGCUUCAGAAGUUGAGAAUGGAACAAAUUUUGCAAUCUUUUCACAACAUGCAGGCUCAGUAACUCUUUGCUUAUUGCUUCCUCCCGCUGGCUGGAAGGAUUGUGAUACAGGAAAUGAAGGAAUGGUGGAAUUAAGCCUGGAUCCGGGUUUGAACAAGACUGGAGAUAUAUGGCAUAUUUUUAUUGAGGAUCUGCCGCGGAGUGGUGUUCUAUACGGUUACCGCAUUGAUGGUCCUCAAGAUUGGCAACAAGGGCACCGAUUUGACAGCAGCAUUGUUCUGAUUGAUCCCUAUGCAAAAUUGGUUGAAGGUCGUCGGAUUUUUGGAGAUCAAAACAAUAAGUUCUCUAAGUUCUUGGGGACAUAUGAUUUUGAGAGCCCAUCCUUUGACUGGGAAAAUGAUGUGCAUCCAAACAUACCAGAGAAUGAUCUUGUAGUAUAUGAAAUGAAUGUUCGUGCAUAUACCGCGGAUGAGUCUAGCGGGGUUGAUGCAGAUAUACGGGGAAGCUAUCGUGGUGUUAUUGAGAAGAUUCCACAUCUCGUAGAGCUUGGAAUCAAUGCCGUGGAAUUGCUUCCAGUCUUUGAGUUCGAUGAGAUGGAGUUCCAAAGGCGCUCCAACCCCAGAGAUCAUAUGAUUAAUACCUGGGGCUAUUCAACUAUCAAUUUCUUCGCACCUAUGAGUCGCUAUGCAAGUUGUGGUGGCGGACCUAUUAAUGCUGCUCUGGAAUUCAAGGAAAUGGUUAAAGCCUUGCAUAAUGCUGGAAUAGAGGUUAUCUUGGAUGUUGUGUAUAAUCAUACAAAUGAGGGUGAUGAUAAAUACCCUUACACUACUUCUUUUCGUGGCAUAGACAAUAAGGUCUAUUACAUGCUGGAUGAGGAUAGCAAGUUUAUGAAUUACUCAGGCUGUGGAAACACAAUAAACUGUAAUCAUCCUGUGGUCAUGGAACUCAUUCUUGACAGCUUGAGACACUGGGUCGAGGAAUACCAUGUAGAUGGCUUCCGGUUUGACCUUGCCAGUGUGCUUUGUCGAGGAACUGGUGGUUUGCCGCUUGGUGCACCUCCUCUUGUGAGGGCCAUUGCAAAAGAUGCUGUCCUAUCGAAGUGUAAGAUAAUUGCAGAGCCAUGGGACUGUGGAGGUCUUUAUCUUGUUGGGCAAUUUCCUAAUUGGGACCGGUGGGCAGAAUGGAAUGGUCAGUACCGUGAUGAUCUGAGAAGAUUUAUUAAGGGUGACUGUGGCUUGAAAGGAACUUUUGCAACUCGCAUAUCAGGAUCUGCUGACCUAUACAGAGUCAACAAACGGAAGCCAUACCACAGCAUCAACUUUAUUAUUGCUCACGAUGGAUUUACUUUGUAUGAUCUUGUUUCAUACAAUAUAAAGCACAAUGAGUCAAACGGGGAAGGUGGCAAUGAUGGAUGCAACGACAACUAUAGUUGGAACUGUGGUUUUGAAGGAGAAACAACUGAUGCAGAUAUCAUUGCUCUACGUUCACGGCAGAUGAAAAAUUUCCAUUUGGCCUUGAUGAUAUCGCAGGGUACUCCUAUGAUGCUAAUGGGUGAUGAAUACGGGCAUACCAGAUUUGGAAAUAACAACAGUUAUGGCCAUGAUAAUGCUCUUAACAACUUCCAGUGGACAAAGUUGGAUGAAAAGAGAGAAGGCCAUUUCAGGUUUUUCUCUGAAGCUGUGAAGUUCCGUAAAACCCAUGACAUAUUCAGACGUGAAAAUUUUCUUGAGAAGAAGGAUGUGACGUGGCAUGAGGACAAUUGGAGCAAUAGCGAAAGUAGAUUCCUGGCAUUCACACUACAUAGUGAAAAAGGAGAAGACGUCUACUUGGCAUUCAAUGCUCACGACUUCUUUGUUCAAGCUGCAAUACCUUCGCCACCACAAAAUAAGCAAUGGUGCAGAGUGGUGGAUACGAAUCUCAAAUCUCCCGAAGAUUUUGUAGCUGAGGGUGUCCCUGGCAUCAAAAGCACAUACAAUGUAGCUCCCUAUUCAUCAAUUUUACUUCUUGCCAAGUAAUAGAAGUCCUCAAAAGCUUCAAACAUAUGGUAACUUUCUUGAUGCUGGUCGUAGAGAAAAUCACAGCCAAGCUAUAAUAAUUAGAACCUAGCUAAUCUCGUAUGUUUCUUCUAAUCGUAUUAUAAUUAUGUGUAAUCAUAUAUUAGUAGUUCUCGGUAUCUCAUUUUUACCGCUGUUGAGAUGUAAUAAGAGAACACAAGAAUCAAAUAAUGGAAAUAACAGAAUGUGGUACAUUUCUGUUAUUCUGUUCCUGUAUUUUUACAAACUUACAAUUCAGUAAAAAUUGUGAUUUAGUUAAUUUGAGAAAAUAAAAGAGACGUUUGAGUUGUA